AAGGUUUAUUCUUCUGUUUGGAAUAAGAAAUCAUGAAAAUCAUAUGCAUCUUCAUAUCUGUCUAAUGAACAGUGGGUACUAUCUCUCUCUGGCAAUCUCCUUGAACGUUUAAGUCUUUUGUGAUCCAUCUACGACCCCUUAGUUCUCUAUAAGCUUGAUUGAUCACUAACUACUGCUUAUACUUGGAAACAUCCAACACCAUGAUAAGGUGGCAGGAGGUGGGUGAGAAUUUGACAGUGGAUGGUAUAUAAUAUCACUUAACUGACGCCUUUGGGGAAAGGCUUUACGAGUCCUGUAAAAAAGUGAAAUUUGGAACUAUGAACACACGUGCCAUUAAUUUCGUUGGUGGUGGCGCUCAAAACUUCAGAGAGUGGUUUGUGUUUAUCGGUCAGAAAGCACCACCUGGCUUCCCUGGUUCACCAUAUGCAAUCAAUUUCAAAUCGAGUACCCCUGAGUUAUCUGCAAUGGCGCCGAUGAACUUAUCUACUUAUUCUUGUGGCGACACAUCACUUGGAUGCUCUUGUGGUGACUGCCCUUCCUCACCCGCUUGCUCUAGUCCCGAACCCCUUCCUCCCCCACAUGAAGAAGACUCCUGCUCAUUUCGAAUCGGUCCUCUUAAGGUUAGAUGCAUUGAGUUAUCGAUGGCACUGUUAUACAUCUUGCUGGUCUCUAGCUUCUUUGGAUGGGCUGUUUUCAGUCGAACUAGGGAUAUAACGCAGCCUGAUGGUAGCUCAGAGUCACUAGUGCGUCUGUUGGAAGGAGAUGGAAUCAAUAGUGAACUGAAGGAAAGCACUCUUGGUGUCAAGGGGAAAAGACAUGCUCACCUCUCUCCUGUUCAGAGAUACAUGGCAACAUUUUACAAAUCAUACGGGUCAUGGAUUGCUAGAAAUCCAUCUCUUGUUCUUUUCAUUUCGGUGGCUAUAGUUCUUGCGCUGAGUUCAGGUCUCCUUCAUUUUAAGGUGGAAACACGACCAGAAAAGCUGUGGGUAGGUCCUUCAAGCAAAGCAGCAGAAGAGAAAAAGUUCUUUGAUAGCCACCUUUCACCAUUCUACAGAAUCGAGCAGCUUAUCUUGGCCACUGUUCCUGAUCCCAAAACUGGGAGGGCUCCUAGUCUUUUGACAUGGUUGUCGUUAUCGUUUUUUACUUACACUUGCCAGGAGGAGCGGCUAUCUAUGGUGCAAUCCAAGAAUUUGACUCUCUAUAUUUUUUCAUCUGAAAGCUCAAUAGAGGAAGAGCUGAAAAGAGAAAGCACUGCUGAUGUUAUAAUAGUAGCUGCAAGCUAUCGGUUAUGUUUGUUUAUAUUUCCGUCUUUGACCUUUCUCUUAAUUCGGUGGGCCAUUGGAGGCAUUUCUGUUGUAUCUGGUGACUUGAAUAUUCCUUUAGUCUCUGUAGAAGUAAUUCUUUAGUCCAUUGCAGUGCUUUCGACACUCAGAUUUGGUUCGGGAUCGCCCAUCUACAGCUCAGUUCAGGGAGAAACUACCCUGGUUUCUAAAUGCUUUGCCUUCGGCUGACUGUGCAAAAGGUGGUCAUGGAGCUUAUACGAAUAGCGUGGAUUUGAAAGGGUAUGAGGCUGGUGUUAUACAUGCAUCUGAGUUCCGUACAUACCACACUCCACUUAACACAAAAGGUGACUGUUAAUUCACUGCGAGCUGCCCGGGAGUUCAGUUCAAGAAUGUCUAAUUUGCUGAAG